AUGAGCUGUCAGUAUGGAGAUAAGUGUAGGUAUCUUCAUGUGAUUCAGCAACAGCCAAAGUCGAAUAUCUUUGGUGGAAUCGGCUCGCAAUUUGGCUCAGAUCAGCCCCAAAAGUCAAAUCCUUUUGGUUUCGGUGUUCAUAACAACUCUCAAUCAAAAGUGGGAGCUGAUAAGCCUUUCGAGAAUAAAUGGACUCGUUCCUCCCCCACAACUGCUACUGCUACUCCUUCAUCACGGAGAUCUGAUAACCAGCCCCAGACAACAAAUCAUGAGUGCACAAAUCCUGAGUCUUGCAGAAGUAUCAUUAUUGAAGAUUUUGAGCGUGAGAGACCACUUUGGAAACUUACCUGCUAUGGUCACUCAAGAAAUUCUCCUUGUGAUAUUGUUGGUGAUAUUAGUUACGAAGAAUUGAGGGCAGCGGCAUAUGAUGAUGCUAAGCGAGGGUUGAACUUACCAUCAAUUGUUGAAAGAGAACGGAAUUUGGUUAAUGCCAAGUCGAUUGAGUUUGAUAACCUUUGCAAGCCCCGUGCUGUUCCACUGAACUCUACCGCUAGCCAAAGCCCUUUCACUUCAGCUACUGCAAAUGCACUCUUUCAGACUCCUCAAAGUAGUGCUCCUCCUUCAGUAUCAAGUUUCAGCCAGUUAGGUACAUCCCUCAACGCGGGAUUUGGACAAAGGCCAUCUGCACCAGCAAAUAAUGGUUUUUUGCAGCCGAGCCUGUUUCCGAAUUCUAGCCAUGCUUCAAGUGGAUUUGGAACAAACAGUUUUCCAUCUGCAAACGUUGGUUCACUUGCCAGCCAAUUUCAUAACAGUACUCACGGAAGUACUUUUACCCACAAUGUAGGAUUUGGCCACCAAAUAUCCAGUUCAGCAGUGCCAUCACAAUUUCCCAGUGCUACAAGUAGCCAGCCACUUUCAGAUGGGCCUAGCUCUGCUUUUAAUCCAAUUGGACAAGUAACUGCAGAAGUUCAGUCACCGAAUAACGUACAACAGGAGAAGGUUUCUGGAGACACGAGUAUUUGGUUGAAAAAGAAAUGGACACCAGGAGAGGUUCCAGAAGAAGAACCGCCAGAUGCAUUGGUUUGGAUUGACUUGUAAGUUGGCAGUACAGAACAAUCACAACACUUGCUGUUGAUAGUAUAAUCCAAGGAAGUACCACAAGUGCAAAGAGACAUCUCGAAAUCUAGGGUUGGGUGAGUGCAAGGAAACGGAGGACACUAGGAUAGGGAAAAACUUCCGUUUUUGUGUAGGCUACACUUCCGUUUUUGGUUGCAAUCAUGCAAUGUAUCUUCAUUCGUACCUCAUUUGGAUAGAACUGACGUGCCAUCUUAUUACUUGAUGUAAAACUGAACCGUAUAAAGACUUGUAAAGAAAACAUGAGAUAUAUAUUUAA